AUAUGUCUUACAGGAGAAAGUUGCUGCUGCAGGGUAACGCACCUCGUCGUGAUCAAGGUGAAGUUUCUUUGGAGAAGAAAAGCCCAAAGAUGGCAUGCAAAGGAAGCAGCAGAGCAGACUCCAUGUCCUGCAGUGUACUGAACUGGGAGCAGGUCAGCCGUCUGCACGAGGUUCUUACAGAGGUGGUUCCCAUCCAUGGCCGGGGGAACUUCCCGACGCUGAAGAUAACUCUGAAGGACAUUGUUCAGACGGUUCGGAGCCGGCUGAGUGAAGCAGGCAUUGUGGUCCACGAUGUCCGUCUGAAUGGUUCUGCAGCUGGUCAUGUCCUGGUCAAGGAUAAUGGGCUGGGAUGCAAAGACCUGGAUCUCAUUUUUCAAGUUUCUCUUCCAAGUGAGGCAGAGUUUCAGUUAGUUCGAGAUGUGGUCUUGCGAUCCCUCUUGAAUUUCCUGCCGGAAGGAGUAAGCAAGCUGAAGAUCAGUCCUGUAACACUGAAGGAAGCCUACAUCCAGAAGCUGGUCAAAGUGUACACAGAGACUGACCGUUGGAGCUUGAUAUCGCUUUCCAACAAGCAUGGCAAAAACGUGGAGCUUAAGUUUGUAGACUGCAUACGGCGUCAGUUUGAGUUCAGUGUGGACUCGUUCCAGAUCAUUCUGGACUCCCUGCUCUUUUACUAUGACUACUCAGAAACCCCCAUGUCGGAGCACUUCCAUCCAACUGUGAUUGGGGAGAGCAUGUAUGGAGACUUUGAAGCAGCUUUUGAUCACCUCCAGAACAAGCUAAUAGCUACCAAAAAUCCUGAAGAGAUCAGAGGUGGUGGGCUACUGAAGUAUAGUAACCUCUUAGUACGAGACUUCAGGCCUAUGGAUAAGCAGGAGAUCAAAACACUGGAGCGCUACAUGUGCUCCCGGUUCUUCAUAGACUUCCCAGACAUCCUGGAUCAGCAGCGCAAGCUGGAGACCUACCUGCAGAACCACUUCUCCAAAGAAGAGAGGAGCAAGUACGACUACCUCAUGAUUCUGCGCAGGGUGGUGAAUGAGAGCACCGUUUGCCUCAUGGGUCAUGAGCGAAGGCAGACUCUCAAUUUGAUUUCUCUGCUGGCACUCAAGGUGCUGGCAGAACAGAAUGUCAUCCCUAAUGCCACUAAUGUGACCUGUUACUACCAGCCAGCACCUUAUGUCAGCGAUGCAAACUUCAGCAACUACUACCUUGCAAGUGCCCCUGUCCUGUACAGCCAAUCCUACCCCACUUGGUUGCCUUGCAAUUGAUUGCUUCCCUCGAGUGCUCCUGGCUGGAGGCUACUGAAAGCCAUGAGUGUAAAUAUAGACAAGUAAUAAGUGUCAGUUUGAUGUUCUCUAAUGGAAACAUGACUGUAUCAGACUGUCCAUUUCCUGGUGUGCAGUGGGAUUAUGCAGCCAGGUGACCUACUAUAAAUCUUUAAGAGUAUCUCUACAAAUGCCAAAAAGCCUUAUUACCUCUUCAUCGGGAGAAGAGAACCAGCAGCCAAAUGUUAAGAAGAGUGGUUAAGAAACUUUGUACUAGCUCUGGAAGUGGCUGUUAACAUGGGAUCUAAGUGGAGUAUUCAGUAAACUGGGUUGGUUAAUCGACUGUAAAAUGCCUUAAGCAGAAGCUGCUCCUGGAGUAGCGGCAAAACUCUGCUUUCUAUUUCCUAACCUCAUUAUUCUUCCUCAGUCCAAGUUCUGGCCAAAUUUCUCUUGAACCUAUUGUGCCAAGACUGGGUUCAUGUUAUGCUUGGGUCGCUUUCACUGUGUCGUUGUAGAGCUGGUAACAGUAUGGAUACUGUCUGUCUUGUAGAGGACAUAAAUGUUGUUUCCUGUAGUGCCUAUGGCUAUGUGGUCCUGCCUUGAGUUCAAGAUUAAUUUCUUGGGCGUUGAAGAUAGUUUAGUAAGUCUAUUCACAUAGCAUAAGCUGGUUAAAUUUUUCUUGACUACAAAAACUUGGAAGGUGGCAUUUCUAAAAAAAACACCAAAACAUAAUCUAAAACUUGGUAAUGUAAAAAGUCCUUGAAAUGAGGAAUUGAAACUUUAAAUAGAAUUGGAGCCACAGUUUGAACAGUUAAGUUGGAAAAAUAUUCUUGAGUCCAGCAUGAAGCUAAAGCUUUUCUGACCAUCUUUCAAAACAAUUUUGGCACAGUUGGAAAAUAGCACAGCUCUUACCUUGGGGUUUGACCAGAUUUCUUCCUCACAGGUCUGCAGCAAAACCUACAAAACCCCUAAACAAAAAUCCCAGGUCACUAUAAAUUGCAGGAUGAUGUACACUCCUGCCACAGUACGAAUUCUGAAAGUGCCUCCUAAAAUUUCUCGUUGUGCAGCUUCAGGCUGGUCCUGAAGGUUUGCCUUUCUGUCACCACUGAGUUUAUGGGUUAUCAUUAUCACCUGGUCACUGUAUGAGACAGCAUUUUGAGUGGUCAGGGUAAAAUUCUUCCUUUUAUUGCUCUUAACCCUCACUUGAAGAGGUGUACAAACCCUAAACAGAGCCCUCCACAGAAGCUGUAUGUGUUGAAAGUCUGGGCCUGACUUCAGAAUAGUCUCUGGAAGAGUAUGCACUCCCUUGGAGGUACAGAGGGCUGAUCUUCCUGAAGGAUGUGUGCUGAACUUGCUGCUUUGACACUCCUGGGCUUUAUAAGGAAGGUUAAAAAUUCCUCAGUUAUUUAUGUAGUGAUGUUAUUAACCGGAUGAUUUUCACUGAAUUAUAAUAUUAAAAUACAUAUAGCAAUGAUCUUGAGUUUCUUUUGUAUAACCAGAGAUGUAGACUAGAAAGGCAAAUCUUAGAGCUAUUUAUUAUAUGCUGGUGCAAUGUUCAAGAAUGCUUGUUCACUGAAUCUUUUUUAUUACUUCUAUAACUAUUUAUUACUGUUUCUGCAAGCUUGUAAGACCAAAGUGCUUGAUCCGGCAAAUGAUUAAGGCUUAGAAGGUAAAGCAGAAAGCAGGUGGAACACCAAUAUUUGGUUGCUAUUCAAGGUGGAAAACAGCAGCAGUCCUGUGCUUAAAUGAUGGUGAAAAUUGCCUGCUCCUCAUAAGACCAAGAAGUUCUUUCUAAUUUUCAUAACUACUUCAUAAAGACUGUCUCAACAGAGCAGAGGCUACUUCUCUGUUCAGACUUCAUUUAGCUUAGGAAAGCAGGGAGGGAUGCAACCUACCAAGUGGACUGUAUGUAGCCAAGCAGGCUUUAGCUUAAUUUCCUGAACAGUUUUGAUAGCAACUUCGGUAGCAAAAAGCCAAAUAAUUUGGUGGAUCAUAUUGUGGGUUUUUUUCAUUAAAGGCUUCUUGAUUAGUUAACCAAAGUAGCUAAACUUGAAAGCAAACCUGGCCUUUUUCAUUAACUGUGGCUUGGACUUGGUGUGGUUUACAGACAAGACAUCUGUCAUCCAAGACUUUGACUUUUUAAAAACUAACGUGAUGCCAGUGUUGUCAUAUGUGUUAAACUUAGUGCAAGCUUACUGCUGGAAUGCAGUCCUAGGCAAGAAUAACUCCUGCAUGGAAAGCAAUACUUGGCCUAGUAUAGAGUGUCACUAUAAAGAAGACUUAAGAGUUUGUCAUUGCUGUCAUCUCUUGCAUAGAUGUUUUUGAAGCCAGCCUAUGCUAUAGCCAUUGCAGAAGUGAACAGUUGCCUAGAGGGGCUCAGACUGAGGUAUUUGCCUUCUGUGAUGUCGUGGCUGAUCUUUAGGAGCUGUUCUUGUGCAUUGACUCACGUAGAAGAAGUGGUGAGAUGCUUGGGAGGAGUCCUCACAAGCUGAAAACACAGACUUGUUUUAUUAGUCUUUAAUGCCUUGGCUGCUGAACAUCAGGCCAGGUGCAUCUCCUGGAAAAGGAAAGGCUGGAGAAGGAAAAAAGGCUGAAUUGGAUUCCUAGUGAGACAGAGCUAUGGAGAAGUUAAGUUUCCUGCCAUAAGUAUUGUGCUUUUGCUGAUGUAACUUGAUGCUGAGGCCUCCGAGGAAGCUCCACAUUGAAUUGCUGCUCUCUGAAGAGCUGAGUGUGUGGGUUUGAGCUUCGCAGGAUUUUUGAGUUCCCUGUCUGGUUCUUAAGAUGCUCAGACACAUGGGAAAUGCUGAUGCUUUGUAACCUGGCUCUUAGAUACUAAACCCUCAAAUGGUUAAAUUGUAUCCUGAAGCUGCACACUACCUGCUGCAUCGAGUCUGGAGUGCCAGGGAUAGCUGGGACAUUGCUUGUCCCAUUGCCUUCAAAAUAAUCCAGGCUUGGCAGGUAAAGCUGGUGUACUUGGUAGCUUUUCAUUGCUGUGCUGCAAGCAGCCUUUCUGUUCUGGGUUGUCCUGGCAGCUUGAUGGUAGUGGCAAGUGGCAGUGGCUUAGUUUGCUGUGAGUUAGCUGGUUUGAGUUCGGGUUUAUGGUGACCCCUAUUGCAAGAGGUAAUUUGAGAAUGAGCACUAGGUAAAAGUGAUGACCCUAGGCCAAGUCUAGGAUGCCUGCUUGGUUCAGUCACCCCUCUGCACUAAUAAUGCCUCUGCAAGCCUCUUGGGUGUCAUGUGGAGGUUAGAGACUACUGUACUUCAGACUGUUACCUGAUACAUUCCCUCUGGGCAGUGGCAUUAAAACAAAGCUGCAGUAACACUCAGUGCAUCAUUCCUCAGGAUCAAGCUUCUACUAACUAGGCUGUGGUGUAAAAUAGCUGUUUUCUUCAUGUAGCUUAUAAGCACUGCUGGACAAAACCAGUCUGAGGUUAAGCACCUGUUGACAGCAUUUAUUGCCAAGUUCCUCUGGACUUGCAAUUUAUUGUUCUGACUUCCUCACUGUAAGAUAGACUUUUUUAUUUGAUAGAGAUGCUACCAAAGAGACCUGGUAGAAGACUGUUUUAGUCACUUUGGUAAAAUCCCUGUGCUGAUCCAUGGUGACUGUGACAGGUUGUAAGCUAAAGCAUAGAUUGUGCUUACCUGCUAAAGAUUUAAUUAUUGCUGUGUUUGUCCUCAGCUCAGUCAGUCAAUCACUAAGUUGGGGGUUUAAGACUACUGCUUGCUUCUGAAUAACCAUUUUUCAAGAGAUCCUCAUGCUUUCACUUAAUCACAUCCUCUACAAAGCAGUAGGUAGUAUUUAAAUCUAGUCCAAAUACCUAAAGCUUUUUAUUGAAACUUAAAGAUCCGUAUUUUGGACUUGAGUUCUGGGGUUAAGCAUUUGGUAUGUGCCUAGGCUUUGUGGGUUCCUGAUUCCUAGAAUAACCACUGAUGUUAGUAGUGAUCUCUGCUUGUCACUAUAUGAGUAGUUGGGAAAAGUCCUCUUAGAAGAGAGCCUGGACAAAUUGCCUUAGUUCUAAACUGUCAGUGUACUGAUGGUAUUUGUUUCCCAUUCCUCUCACUCAACUCAGUCAGGAUUCUGUAAUUGUUAGGCACAGGAAUGAGCAGUAAGUUGACCACCAGCAGCUUGGUCUAAGUUGGGAAUCGGGAUAGCCAAAUGAAUAAUAAAACUUCUAGCCCUUACAUCUGAGUAUUACUCAAUUGUUUCUUGAAUACAGUUGUGUAUUUCAUAAGUGUUCUUUGUUUUCAAAGAAGCUAGAUAUAGAGUGGGACAUUAUAAGCUAGAUAUACAGUGGGUCUGUAGUAGAAACUUUGGGGGGAAUGGUUGGAGCACUCUGGAUUUUCUCACUUAAAUGUCUGAAUUGGGCUUGUCUCUCUGAAUAAAACUGCACUUCCCAUUGAAAUUUAUAAGGCCUUUAUUCCUAUGUUUCUUAUUAUUUUCUACUAUUAAAAAAAGUCAGCUCUUGUAAAACCUGUCUCUCAUCUCUUUGGAAGAAGUGAGUUGUUUUUGGUUUUUUUUUCUUUCUUUCCCUCCCUCUUCUUUUAGCUGGCAAAACAGGGUACUAGAAAUAUUUGGAUUUGUGAUAAGCCCAAAUGUGAGACUGAUCACAGUAACUUUGUCUACUGUUCUGCACUGUGGUGUUCACUUAUCACCCUUGGAAACUGGGGGUUGGACCUUAAUGAUGCUGAAAUUCUUGUGCAAAUAAACGCAUGUUGAAUAAC